AUGAGAUUUGAGGAGCAGGAGGAGGAGCAGCAGCAGCAGCAGGAGAAGAAGGAGCAGCAGCCAGCGGCAACAGGACUCUCCAUUGCGUGGGAGCCAGGUAGAGUGGUGGUCGUCGGAAGGUCACAGGAGGCAGCAGGAGUAGGUUUUGGAGGUGGUGCGGAUAGAGAUAUAGGUAGGAGGUUGAUUGGGAGGGCAAGGAGGUGGUGGUGCGGGAGUCGAUUGUUUCGUUCCGAGUGCCAGGCUCCGUUUCGGGAUCAUUCUUCUCAUUUUGCGAGGAUAACAUUUCUUGAACUUUUGGACCUGUCGCCCCAGGCGCAUGAAUGGAGAAGAGGAGGAAGAAUUGGUAGAGAGUUGCCCUGGAUGUCCGAGUUUCUUUCUAGAAUCAAGGCCCGCCUUGAAACUGGCCAGCAUCUAAACUCUGCUACAUCUGAGGAACCAGGAUGGGUAAGAGCGGCGUUGUCGGUCAUGGACAAGGAGCCUAUUGAUUUUAAAGAGGGACCUAAGGAUGUUGUCAUCCCUGUAGAGCUCACGGAUGGGUGGCAGACAGAUUUGGUGGAAAGGAUGAAAGUUGUAGGUUUUGGUUCCCAAGAUGGACAAGAAUCUCCUUUCAAUCUGACAGUCUCCGCAGGCAGUCCUGUUUCAGAUGAUAUUUCACCACGAUGUGCCUCACAAAAACUGUGGGAGACAGGAAGCCUAGAAUCAAGAAUUCCCGACGGGUUCUAUUCCGUUAUUCCAACUAAGAUUCUAAAGGCUAAGUUUAUGACAAUCCCCACCUUCGAAGAACUCAAAAAGAUCGGAGUUGAAUCAUCAUCUUCAGACGUGCUCCUGGUUGAUUCAAAUGAAGACAAAGUUCUUGCAAGGUUGAAGGAGCUAGCGAUUUCUGCAGUGAAGACUGUAGGAACAAAUCCAGCUCUCGUCAUAAAGAAAAUUGCAGAGUUGGUCGCAGAUUUUUACGGUGGACCUAUCUCUGAAGCGGGAUUGACGAAGGUUCCUGUUGAUGGAAUACUUAAUGCAGAUUCCUCUCCAGUGCAGCUUUUGGGCAAAAUAGAAGUUGGGUUGUGCCGUCCACGCGCAAUUUUGUUCAAGUUCCUUGGAGACGCAGUUGGGUUACAUAGUCGGCUCUUGAUGGGUUUGCAGUUGGAGGCCGUUCCAGGCAGCUCUGUGAUAUGCGCUAAUCCAAAUAAGCAUCUCUCGAAUAUCGUGGGCUUGAAUGGUAUGGAGCUUCUCGUGGAUGUCAUGAGACGUCCUGGUAAUUUGAGGCCAUUUUCAAAAAAGGCUUUGAUUAUGUAUCACAUCUCAGGAGCUGGAGAUAGCGAUUCAGCCGAUUAUGACUCAUGUGACUCUCCUUUAGAACCCAACAGUCCCCUCUGUGGCUAUUCUGAAAAAUUGGAGAGCGAAAGUCUCGACCAUGAAGUGGACAGUCCUCGUAUACUAGUGCAGAGAAGACAGACCUCACCUGUUGGUGCACGCCCUGUGCACAAUAUGCUGUUACGGCUACCUAUGGGUCUGGAGGGGAAGCUAAGUCCAUCACGAAGUGAACCAGAUCUAGCUAAUCCUUACCGGCGGCGAAACAGAAGGAAAGCGGAGGAGAGCUCGGCUAUUUUCAGUCCUGAACGUGCCGUGAGCUACCAACAACUACAUUGGAAAGUAAAUGCUGAAGGAGUACGCAGUUUCCCUUCAAGUCCCGAACAUCCCCAAGCAAGAAUCCGGUCAUUCAGGCGUGUUGGUUCAGAAGAGGGAAGCAUAUCCAGCAGCCCCGAACAUCCUACUUUUAGGGUAAGAGCACCUUCAAUGCUAGGAGGUGGUAGAAGACCAGGAAGCGAGGAGGUGGAUCCGACGAGUGUCUCUAGCCCAGAGCAGUCCCCACAAUAUUUUUCUUCAACAGGAACUCCUUCUCCAAUAUAUAGAAGGCGGCGAGAACGAUCACUUUCUAUUGAUAUACAAAGAGAUGGACUGAAUUCAGACACCUUCCGCAUCGGUCCCGAGUCUGAGUUUCCUAGGACCACUCCCUCGCCAGAUGUUCGUAGACCUAGAAAACGAAGUGUUGCACCUGAAAUCAGCGAUGAUGUGGUCAGGGCGGUACGCGAAAUGAAUGAAAAGUUAAAGCAGGAACGGUGUCGUUCUAGAGCAACAGAGCAACAGAGCAAAAGCAGCAAUGCCGAUGGUCCUCGUGCAGAAGACGAAAAUGAGGGCGAAGAGGGAUCCACUCCAGCAGAGAAAGUACAUCUAAGGACUGCUAGCGAUCCCACCUCGUUACAAAGUACCGUAGGGCCCUUUGUAGUCGAUGAUAAACACGCAAGUACAUAUGAAGAAAAGGGACAUUGUGUUGACAAGAAGAAGUGCUCGGAAACGAGGAACUCUUGCUCGGAGAAGGAAUCAACUGCCGAAUCGUCAAAUCAUACUGUAGAUCUAAAGCCACCUGCUUGGCUCAACGGUCCCCUGAUGCCAUUUUCAGAGUGGCAUAUUGACUACAAAGAGUUACGCAUCGGCGUGCGAGUUGGUAUAGGGUCUUUUGGAGAGGUUUUUCGCGGGAUGUGGAGGGGCACGGAGGUCGCAAUCAAACGGUUGCUUGAACAGGACUUAACAGACGAGAAUACAGCAGAUUUCUGCAAUGAGAUUUCUCUUUUGAGCCGGCUCCGUCAUCCUAAUGUGAUUCUUUUCAUGGGAGCAUGCACAACACCACCUCAUUUGUCGAUGGUGACCGAGUACAUGCAUAUGGGUUCUUUGUACAGCCUUGUCCAUUUAACUGGCCAGGGUAAGAAGCUAAGCUAUCGGCGAAGAUUGAAGAUGCUCCGGGAUAUUUGCAGGGGAAUGAUGUCAGUGCAGCGAAUGAACAUCGUGCAUCGUGAUCUCAAGAGUGCAAACUGCUUAGUGGACAAGCAUUGGACCGUCAAGAUCUGCGACUUCGGUCUAUCUCGUCUUGCUUCUGGACCAGUACAAGAUAGUACAGCAGCUGGUACUCCUGAGUGGAUGGCUCCUGAAUUGUUACGAAAUGAGCCUGUCACUGAUAAAUGCGACGUCUUCAGCCUUGGUGUUAUAAUGUGGGAACUAUGUACUCUAAAGCGUCCCUGGAAAGAUGUGGAACCCAUGCAAGUGGUAUAUAAAGUUGCUCACGCAAAGGCCAGGCUGGAGAUACCCGAAGGUCUUUUAGGCAAGCUGAUAGCGGAUUGCUGGGCUGAAGUUCCUUCAGCUAGACCAAGCUAUGACGAGAUCCUUACUCGUCUGCACGAAUGUGAGUUCCUGCAAAGUUGA